CAUGAUGCCCCUGGUGCGCGAGGCUGGUGUGAUUAGCUGCAGCGUGUCCUGCUCUUCCCUCUCCUGUGUGAGUGAACAGCAGCAGCAUGGCCUCUGAACUUGCCGUUCUCAGUGUGUCUGAUAAGACUGGGCUGCUGGAUUUCGCUAAGCGGCUGGUGGCGGUGGGGCUGAAUCUGGUGGCUUCUGGAGGAACAGCCAAAACCCUGAGGGAUGCCGGACUUACCGUCAGAGAUGUGUCUGAGCUCACCGGGUUCCCGGAGAUGCUGGGGGGCCGAGUUAAGACCCUCCACCCUGCUGUUCAUGGCGGCAUCCUGGCCAGACACUCGCCGUCCGAUCAGGCAGACAUGGAGAAACUGGGCUUCAGUUUAGUGAGGGUGGUGGUGUGUAACCUGUAUCCGUUUGUGAAGACGGUGGCGUCUCCGAACGUAACCGUGGCAGAUGCUGUGGAGCAAAUCGACAUUGGUGGCGUCACUCUCCUCCGAGCGGCGGCCAAAAACCACGCCCGAGUGACCAUCGUCUGCGAUCCGUCUGAUUACGACCUGAUUGCCAAGGAGAUGGAGUCAUCCGGUAACCAUGACACCAGCCUGGACACCCGCAAGACUCUGGCUCUUAAGGCGUUCACUCACACGGCUCAGUACGACGAGGCGAUCGCUGAUUAUUUCCGGCGUGAGUACAGCGGCGGAGUCUCUCAGCUUCAGCUCCGCUACGGCAUGAACCCUCACCAAGCUCCCGCCCAGAUUUACACCUUACGCCCCGCCCUGCCGCUCACAGUGCUGAACGGUUCUCCAGGGUUUAUUAAUCUGUGUGAUGCUCUGAAUGCCUGGCAGUUGGUGCGAGAGCUGAAGAGCGCUCUGGGUUUACCUGCAGCCACGUCCUUCAAACACGUCAGUCCUGCAGGUGCUGCGGUUGGUGUAGCUCUAAGUGAGGAGGAAGCUAAGGUGUGUAUGGUGCACGACAUGCUGAAGGACCUCACACCACUCGCCACCGCCUACGCCCGGGCCAGAGGUGCAGACAGGAUGUCGUCUUUCGGAGAUUUCAUCGCUCUCUCUGACCCCUGUGACGUUCCGACCGCUAAGAUAAUCUCCAGAGAGGUGUCGGAUGGUAUAAUCGCCCCGGCGUAUGAUGAGGAGGCUCUUCGGAUUCUCUCAAAAAAGAAGAACGGCAAUUACUGUGUCCUCCAGAUGGAUCCGGAGUAUGAGCCGGAUGAGCAGGAGGUUCGGGUUCUUUUCGGACUUCAUCUCAAACAAAAGAGGAACAACGCUGUCAUCGAUAAAGAGCUUUUCAGCAACAUCGUCUCUAAAGGAACGCUGUCUGAGAAAGCUCUGCAGGAUCUGAUCGUGGCCACCAUCGCUGUGAAGUUCACCCAGUCCAACUCCGUGUGCUACGCUAAAGACGGACAGGUGAUCGGUAUUGGAGCUGGGCAGCAGUCUCGGAUCCACUGCACUCGUCUGGCUGGAGAUAAGGCUGAUAACUGGUGGUUGAGGCAUCAUCCCACAGUUCUGGGUAUGAAGUUUCGCUCCGGCGUCAAACGAGCAGAGAUGGCCAACGCCAUCGACCAGUAUGUCAGCGGCACCGUCGGAGAGGGUGAGGACCUGGCGGUGUGGAAGGCUCUGUAUGAGGAGGUUCCUGAGUUUCUCUCUGAGACGGAGAGGAGAAACUGGCUGAGUUCUCUACAGGCUGUGGCUCUGAGCUCCGACGCUUUCUUCCCCUUCAGAGACAACGUGGACCGCGCCAAACGGAGUGGUGUUGAGUACAUCGCUGCCCCCGCCGGCUCCACUGCUGAUGAGGUGGUGAUUAACGCCUGUAACGAGCUGGGCAUCACCCUGGCGCACACCAACAAGCGCCUGUUCCACCAUUAAAAACUGGAUUAUGGUUGCAUGUUUACCUACUGCCUAUUCUCCACCUCUUAGUUAGCAUCAUCCUACCCUCAUCCAUUAACUCUCUGAACUAAUUUGUGCCCUUUCCAUCAGUAAACUUUAAGAGUGGAUGCUAACCUGCUCCUUGGAGAAAAUUCAUCUCAGUAAUUUACUUUAUUAAGUAAAUAAGACCUUCAAGACCAGCAUUGGGAUCUCUUAUGUUUGGUACAUGACCUGCAUUAGGCGCACAUUUUUCUUACAUUAGAGGCUAAUCGACCUACAGCUCAACGCUAACGUUUCCCUCACUGUAAUCCAGACUAUCUGUGAGCAUUAACACCAUGUCAUCUAUUAGCACAGAAAGGCUAAUUGUUACCAGUUCCUAGUUCCUGCUAUUUCCUAAUGAGCUUUUCUUGCACUAACGUUGUCUAUUAUUUCACAUAGUUUCGUCUUUUUCUUCCAGAUCAUUCCGUUUCUCUACUGCACUUUCUUCUAACUUGAUGUUUCUGACCAUGUUCUUCAGUAGUUCAGUAGUUGAUGCUGUAAAAGUUCAGUAGUGAACAGUAGAGGUGAUGUUUUUACUCAACGAUACGAUACAUUCCACUGAUUCAGAUUGCACUCUGCUGCCUCUAGUGGCUGGGAGCUCUCCUCACUGUAGCUGAAGAUACAGAAUAAACAGUUUCUCAAAGA